GCCUAACUGAUGUAUUUUUUAUUUUUUAAGUGAUCCAUAGAAUACUAUGUCAUUUGAAAUCCCCUUCUGCUAUUUUCUUGGACGUUUAUAUUAUUUGAAGGUCAUGGCUGGCGGGUUUGUAUGAAUACACCUACCUGUAAACAGUUCCACCCACCGACCCGAUCAGGUGGCUGGGUGCUGCUCCCUCGGCUGCGACACCUCAUUCGCGUCAUCACUGCAUUCAGGUCCUUGUAGCCUACCAAUGGACUUGAGUCUGCCUACCUUUACACCGGACUAGUGCGAUGGAUGUUAAUCACUUCUACGGGGAUAACAGGAGGACUUCCAUUCCUUGGUUCAACCAGUCCCAAUGGGAUACGGUUCCGGAAUGGUUCCACGGCGUCACCUCGAGGAAGGAUGCAGAGGCGCUUCUAAUGUGUAAACCUCCUGGCUACUUCCUUGUCCGAGUUGGUGAGAGCAGGAAUGGCUUCACACUCUCGUACCGAGCUACAGAUCGCUGCAGACAUUUUAUGAUUGACGCACUGCAAGAUGGAAACUACACCCUCACCGGUGAGUCCACGCGCCACCGCUCUCUGCAGGACCUGGUGGACUUUCACAGCAGAACUCCCAUCAUGCCUUUCAACGAGGCGUUGACCGUGCCUUGUAUAAAGAUUUCAGAGGAUACUGAACGAGAUGAAGAUAUCCCCCCAGCCCUCCCUCAUCGGACCGCAUUACCGGCCAUACCGACCUUAUUGACACCUCCGUAUCACACAGACCUCCCACCUAAUGGGUUUAAUAGCCAUCCACCAGAUCAGGGAUCACAUUAUGAACUUUGGCUGCAGCCUCCGGUAAAUGCUAUGGAACCAACAGCACUACCCGGCCUUGCUCAUAUCUACAACAGUAUACCAGCAGUCCCGGCCUCGGACAUCCCCGCAGAGGUCCCCAGUCACAGAGAGACCGAUAACAUUGCCCGGCUGUAUCCAACACUCCCUUAUCCUCCUUUCACGUCCAGCCCCAGCACAGAGCAGAGUGCUGCACAGGACAAACGUGCUGAGCCUAACCCCAACCCUAACCCAAAGUUCUUGGCCAUGCCCAGCCAGGUGAAGGUGAUGGCGCUGUUUCGAAAGAAGAAGAGAGAGUCGCAGGAGAGCCCUCAGCCAGCAGAGGCCGACCCCAGCGGAGCCCCAAGACGGGCGGAUGAUGCGUUGCCUGAGGAGUAUCUGCACCCCCCACCUUAUGCGCCUGGCUAUUACUAGGGGUUAGAGAUCAGACUAACAUUGAUCUCCUUGAAUGGUUAAAUUAUCUGAACCAAAUUAAGGCGAUGAGGUCUCUUUAAAAAUCUUUCUUCAAUUUUAUUGAUUUUUUUGUGUCAAUUCAAUGUUAAUAACAAUAUGCGAUAGGUGAUGGUAUAAAUAAAGAAUCGCACAAAGUAAAUAUUUCUGAAUUGCCUGACAUAUAUUUUCAUUGGGUGAUAUGAAUAGGGGAACAUUAAUAGGGCCAAGUGUGGAAGUUCCCAUCAUGCAAAAUGGU